CGCCUCCCGUGGGAAAGUGGCCUUUGAAUUUCCCAGGCUCUGCUUUGGAGGAGCCAGGCAGGAAGACACCAUUUCCUUAGACUGCCUCCGUUGUUGCCAGCCCACUAGAUUUCCUUGCUUCAGGAAUACAGAAGUUGGCACUGUUGCCACAGUCACCUGAGGGCACUGAAACAGAUUGCAUUUGCUCUGAGAGAGAAGAAAUGGAGACAGAAUCGAGAGAUGCCUCAUCGUCAUCGUCUGGCCUAGUGGAGGCUGAGAAAGAGAAGGGGACAGCGACAGAAGAGCGAAACCGAACAGGGCCACCUGUGGCAGUGAAGGGAGGAGGAAGGAGCCAUCCCGACAUCCCCCCAGAGAGUAUCCGGGACUUUUGGGAAAGAGCCGUCCCGGAUGACUUGGCCCGCCAACCACGCAAAGGCCUGCAGCAGCGAUGGGAGUCUCAACUUCAAGAAUUUCUCAAGGCCCUCGAGUCUCCUCACACAGAAGGGGACAACCCACAGCUACGGGGACCUCUAACAAGGAAUUACACUCGGCCUACCAUAACCCACUUCAAAGGAACGGCCAGGUCUAGCCAGCAGCCGAAAGGCGAGAGAUCCUCCCAGCUUCUGCCCAGCUCAAGUAAAGAAGGUGACCAUGCCGUCAGAUGCCCUCCAGCCAAAGGCAAGCCCGAGGGUCAGAAAGCCAAGCGUUUGAUCCUGGGCCAGGAGGUGAGCAGCUUGCAUGAAGAAUGCCGACUCUUCAGGCGGUUCGGCUACCAGGAAGCUGAGGGUCCUCGCGAAGCUUGCCGGCAUCUCCGGAGGCUCUGCCACCAAUGGCUGAAGCCAGAAAGGCACACCAAGGAACAGAUCUUGGAGUUGGUGGUCCUGGAGCAGUUCCUGGCUGUCCUGCCCCCGGAAAUGCAGAGUUGGGUCUGGGAAUGUAGUCCUCAAACCUGUACCCAGGCGGUGGUCCUGGCAGAAGAUUUCCUACUGAGGCAGCAAGAAAACCAGGUUGAUUUCCUACUGAGGCAGCAAGAGAAUCGGGUGCAGGGAGAACAGACAAUUGGUCCAUUUGAAGAGGAAGACUUGGCGGAGAAGGCUGUGUUGGACACCUGGAGGAGGCCACAUUUUGGAGAGAUAAAGCCAGAGGCUGAGGUGGAUACUGACCACUUGGGUGAGGAGAAGCUGUGCAGGAUGGAGAAGAAUGAUGCUGGAAACUCAGCUGAGACAGAUUUCCAUUGGAUGUUGUCAGGAAGAGUUGAACAGAACAUUCUCCCCUGUUCCAACCGAGGGGAAGUUUCUGAGGUCCUGUAUGGAAGCUGCCUAGAGAGGGAAGGUGGAAAAUUUAUUAACUCCCAGGGCACCUAUGAGGACCUGGAUGAAAGCAUCUUGCAACAGGGAAUGCUCCCUAGCAGUGAGAAGGACAGUGCUUGCCAUGUGUGUGGAAAAGUCUUCCGUCGUCGGUCCAACCUUAUUGCGCACGAGAGAACCCACUCAGGAGAGAGGUGGUACAACUGCUCAGAAUGUGGGAAAAGCUUUGUCAGCCGCGCUGCCUUCCUCAUCCACCAGAGAGUGCACACUGGUGAGAAACCCUACAAAUGCUCUUACUGUGGGAAGGGCUUCAACACAGGUUCCAGCCUUACCCGACAUAAGAGAAUCCAUACAGGGGAGAAGCCGUACAAAUGCCUGGAUUGUGGAAAGCGCUUCAAUGAUUACUCCAACUUCAUCGUGCACAAGAGGAUCCACACAGGGGAGAAGCCAUAUGAGUGCUCCAUUUGUGGGAAGCGGUUCAGUGACAACUCAAACUUUAUUAAGCACCAUCACUGAAAGGCAAAUGGUUCUCAUGCUAUUGUUUCGAAGAAAAACGAAACAAAAACAAGGAGUUAACAUGCCUAUAAAGUAACCUCUUAGGACAUCGUAGAAGCAUUGCCUGCUGAGAUGGGGCUUCUGUGUGAGACUCAUGGCAAAACUGUGUUCUCCACAGCUUCUGUUGCCUUGGCAAGCAAAUGUUUUCCCCCCAGGAACCUGUCCCAAAGAUACAGAGGGAGGUAGUGGGUAGAGCUUUCCCAACCCAACUUCUGUUAAUGUAGCCUGUUUGUAAUAACUUCUCCCCUUUAUACACACACAGAGACACACAGAAA